GACAGCGGAGAGGAGGUUGGACCGGGAACAAUAGAGAGAAACGAAGCCAGCCCUGAACCAGCAAAGAGACGGACGAACGAAAGGAGGAAAGAAAGAAAGAAAGAAGGGAAGAAAGAGGGUGAGGGUGAUGGAGGCAGAGCGAGGGAAGCGGGGGACAUGUGAGGAAUAAAAGCGCCGAGGCUUCUCCGUCCGUCUUUGUCUGUCGCUGGAUUUUAUUGAACCGGAUUCCGGUAUGAACCCCGCAGAGGCGGCCGAGGAGGCGCCGAGCGACCCCGACACGGAUGCCUUCUACAAGCCGGGCUCGUUCAGGACUGAAGGCAUUAAGGCGUCUGAUGUCCUUCCUGUCUUAAAGGAGAAAGUCGCCUUCGUCUCAGGAGGUCGAGAUAAACGAGGAGGACCCAUCCUGACGUUUCCUGCCCGGAGCAACCACGACAGAAUAAAACAGGAGGAGCUGAGGAGGCUGGUGACCUACCUGUCCACGGUCCCCAGCGAGGACGUCUGUAAACGUGGCUUCACCGUCAUCAUCGACAUGCGCGGCUCCAAGUGGGAGCUCAUCAAACCUCUGCUGAAGACGCUGCAGGAGUUCUUCCCCGCUGAGAUCUGCGUGGCGCUCAUCAUCAAACCCGACAACUUCUGGCAGAAACAGAAAACCAACUUUGGCAGCGCCAAGUUCUCCUUUGAGACCAGCAUGGUGUCUGUGGAGGGUCUGGCCAAACUGGUGGACCCCUCCCAGCUGACGGACGACUUUGAAGGAUCCCUGGACUACAACCACGAGGAGUGGAUGGAGCUCCGAGUGUCUCUGGAGGAGUUCAUGUCCAGCGCCGUCCACCUGCUGUCCAGGCUGGAGGACCUGCAGGAGCUUCUGUCCAAGAAGGAGUUCCCUUCAGACGUGGAGGGAUCGCGGCGUCUGAUCGAGGAGCACACCCAACUGAAGAAGAAGGUGCUGAAGGCUCCGGUGGAGGAGCUGGACCAUGAAGGCCAGAGGCUGCUCCAGUGCAUCCGAUCUAGUGACGGCUUCUCAGGGAGGAACUGUAUCUCAGGUUCUGCUGACUUCCAGAGCCUGGUGCCCAAGGUGGCCAGUCUCCUGGAUAAGCUCCACUCCACCAGGCAGCACCUCCACCAGAUGUGGCACAUCAGGAAACUGAAGCUGGACCAGUGCUUCCAGCUCCGGCUCUUUGAACAGGAUGCAGAGAAGAUGUUUGACUGGAUCAGCCACAACAAGGAGGUGUUCCUUCAGAGCCACACUGAGAUCGGCCGAGGAUACCAGCACGCUGUGGAGCUGCAGACCCAACACAACCACUUCGCCAUGAACUCCAUGAACGCCUACGUGAACAUCAACCGGAUCAUGUCGGUGGCGAGCCGCCUGGCGGAGGCCGGCCACUACGCCUCCACCCAGAUCAAACAGAUCUCAGGUCAGCUGGACCAGGACUGGAAAAGCUUCGCCGCCGCUCUGGACGAACGCUCCACCAUCCUCGCCAUGUCCUCCGUCUUCCACCAGAAGGCCGAACAGUUCCUCUCGGAGGUGGAGGCCUGGUGUAAAGUCUGCAGUGAGGGGGGGCUACCUACUGAGAUGCAGGAGCUGGAGAUCGCCAUCCACCGCCACCAGAGCCUGUAUGAGCAGGUCACCCAGGCCUACACCGAGGUGAGUCAGGAUGGUAAAGCUCUGCUGGACGUCCUCCAGAGGCCUCUGAGUCCCGGAAACUCUGAUUCUCUGACGGCCACUGCCAACUACUCCAAAGCUGUCCACUGCAUCCUGGACGUGGUCCACGAGGUUCUUCACCACCAGCGGCGGCUGGAAAACAUCUGGCAGCACAGAAAGGUCCGACUGCACCAAAGGCUCCAGCUGUGUGUGUUCCAGCAGGACGUCCAGCAGGUGAUGGACUGGAUAGAAAACCACGGCGAGGCUUUCCUCAGCAAACACACCGGAGUUGGGAAAUCCCUCCACCGAGCCCGAGCCCUGCAGAAGAGACACGACGACUUCGAGGACGUAGCUCAGAACACAUAUACGAAUGCAGACAAGCUUCUGGAGGCGGCCGAGCAGCUCGCUCAGACCGGAGAAUGCGACCCAGAGGAAAUCUACAAGGCUGCCAGACACCUGGAAGUCCGGAUCCAGGACUUUGUGCGACGCGUUGAACACAGGAAGCUGCUGUUGGACAUGUCUGUGUCCUUCCACACACACACCAAGGAGCUGUGGUCCUGGAUGGAGGAGUUACAGAAGCAACUCUUAGACGACGUGUCCUGUGACUCGGUGGACUCGGUCCAGACUCUGAUCCAACAGUUCCAGCAGCAGCAGACGGCGACGCUGGAGGCUACACUCAACGUCAUCAAAGAGGGGGAGGAGCUAAUGCAGCAGCUCAGAGAUGCGGCCAUGUCGACCAACAAGACGCCUCACUGCAGUUCCAUUGCCCACAUCCAGGGGGUGCUGCAGCAGCUGGACGAGGCUCAGGGCCAGAUGGAGGAGCUGUUCCACGAACGUAAAAUCAAGCUGGACAUCUUCCUCCAGCUGAGGAUCUUUGAGCAGUACACCAUCGAGGUCACAGCCGAGCUGGACACCUGGAACGAGGACCUGUCUCGUCAGCUGAGCGACGCGGAGGAGGAACAGGAGGAACAGGAGGAACAGGAGGAGGAGGAGGAGGAGGAGGAACGGGAGGAGGUGGCACCACCCUCCGGCAGCUCGGAGGACAUCAGUGUGGCGGAGCAGCGUCUGAAACGCCACGCGGAGAGGAAGGCGGCCAUGAACAACAUGACCUACGAAGUGAUGCAGCAGGGCCAAGACCUGCACCAGUACAUCAUGGAGGUCCAGGCUUCAGGGAUUGAGCUGACGGGGGAGAAGGACAUGGACCUGGCCUCUCAGGUCCAGGAGCUGCUGGAGUUCCUCCACGAGAAGCAGCAGGAGGUGGAUCUCAACACUCAGCUCACCCACGCCCGGCUGGAACAGAGUCUGCAGCUGCGCCACCUACAGGCCGAAGUCAAACAGGUGUUGGGUUGGAUCCGUAACGGUGAGUCCAUGUUGAACGCCAGCAUGGUGAACGCCAGCUCUCUGUCUGAGGCCGAGCAGCUGCAGAGGGAGCAUGAACAGUUCCAGAUGGCUAUAGAGUCUCUCUUCCAUGCCAACUCCCUCCAGAAGACUCAUCAGAGCGCUCUGCAGGUCCAGCAGAAAGCCGAGAUGAUGCUCCAGGCCGGCCACUACGAUCCGGAGGCGAUCCGAGGCUGUGCUGAGAAAGUGGCCGUCCACUGGCAGCAGCUGAUGCUGAAGAUGGAGGAUCGUCUGAAGCUGGUCAACGCCUCCGUGGCCUUUUACAAGACCUCUGAGCAGGUGUGCAGCGUGCUGGAGAGUCUGGAGCAGGAGUACCGGCGGGAUGAGGACUGGUGCGGUAGUCACGAUAAACUGGGAAGUUCAGCCGACUGCGACCACCUUCUCCCUCUGAUCAGCAAACACCUGGAGCAGAAAGAGGCCUUCCUCAAGGCGUGUACUCUGGCUCGGAGGAACGCCGAGGUGUUUCUGAAGUACAUCCACAGGAACAAUGUGAGCAUGCCCGGAGCCGCCGGCCACACCCGAGGACCUGAGCAGCAGGUCAAAGCCAUCCUGAACGAGCUGCUGCAGAGAGAGAACCGUGUGCUUCACUUCUGGACGCUGAAGAAACGCCGGCUGGACCAGUGUCAGCAGUAUCUGGUGUUUGAACGCAGCGCCAAGCAGGCGUUGGACUGGAUCCAGGAGACAGGUGAAGUUUACCUGGCCACGCACACGUCACCUGGAGAAAGCAGCGAGGAAACACAGCAGCUCCUCAGCGACUACCACCACUUCAGACUCUCGGCCAAGCAAACCAAGGAGAAGGUGAAGCUGCUGAUCCAGCUCGCAGACAACCUGGUGGAGAAGGGUCACGCCCACGUGUCGGAGCUGAAGCGAUGGGUUAGCACGGUGGACCGAAGGUACCGAGACUUCUCCCUGCGCAUGGCCAAGUACCAGGAGAGUCUGGAGAGGAGGCUGGGGGUCAGCUCAGAGGACAACAAGGACCUGGAGCUGGACAUCAUUCCCGCCAGCCUCACCGACGACCCUGAGGUGAAACUACGUGACCCCAACCAUGAGAUCAACGAGGAGAAGAGGAAGUCUGCCAGGAAGAAGGAGUUCAUCAUGGCCGAGCUGCUGCAGACAGAGAAGACGUACGUCAGAGACCUCCAGGAGUGUCUGGAGACGUACCUGUGGGAGAUGAGCAGCGGCGUGGAGGAGGUUCCUCCGGCCAUCGCCAACAAGGAGAACGUCAUCUUUGGCAACAUGCAGGAGAUCUACGACUUCCACAGCAAUAUUUUCCUGAAGGAGCUGGUGAACUACGAGCAACUUCCAGAGGACGUGGGUCAUUGCUUCGUCACCUGGGCUGAUAAGUUCCACAUAUACGUGGAUUACUGCAAGAACAAACCAGACUCCAGUCAGCUCAUCCUGGAACACGCCGGCAGCUUCUUUGACGACAUUCAGCAGAGACGAGGACUGGCCAACUCCAUCUCCUCCUACCUCAUCAAACCGGUCCAGAGGAUCACCAAGUACCAGCUGCUGCUCAAGGAGCUGCUGUCCUGCUGUGAGGAAGGUAAAGGGGAGAUCAAGGAUGGUCUGGAGGUGAUGCUGAGUGUCCCUAAGAGAGCCAACGACGCCAUGCACCUGGCCAUGCUGGAGGGCUUUGAGGAGAACCUGGAGGUGCAGGGUGAGCUCAUUCUGCAGGAUAGCUUUCAGGUGUGGGAUCCACGCUCGCUGAUCAGGAAGGGACGCGACCGACACCUCUUCCUCUUCGAGUUCUCUCUGGUCUUCAGCAAAGAGAUGAAGGACUCAGCCGGCAGAACCAAGUACCAGUACAAGAACCGGCUCCUGACUUCAGAGCUGGGAGUGACUGAGCACAUUGAGGGAGACCCCUGUAAGUUCGCUCUGUGGGCAGGAAGAACGCCUUCAUCUGAUAAUAAGACGGUGCUGAAGGCGUCCAGUGUGGAGGCCAAGCAGGAGUGGAUCAAGAACAUCAGGGAGGUGAUCCAGGAGAGGAUGACUCACCUGAAGGGGGCGCUGAAGGAGCCUCUUCAUCUCCCUAAAACUCCGGCUCUGAGCAAACCCAGGAACAGCACUAGGAGGGACGGAGGUGAGGACGGAGACAGCCAGGGGGACGGCAGCAGCCAACCAGACACUGUGUCCAUCGCCUCCAGGACGUCCCAGAACACGAUGGACAGCGAUAAGCUCUCUGGAGGAUGUGAACUCACCGUCGUCCUUCAAGACUUCACAGCGGGGUCCAGCACGGAGAUGUCGGUCAGCACAGGUCAGACCGUCGAGCUGUUGGAGCGUCCCAGUGAGAGACCAGGAUGGUGUCUGGUCCGGACCACCGACCGCAUCCCCCCCCAGGAGGGUCUAGUCCCCAGCUCGGUGCUCUGCGUGUCCCACUCUCGGUCCAGCGUGGAGAUGGACUGCUUCUUCUCAGGGAAAGAGAACUACCCCGUUGGAAGCUCUGAUGGGAAGACGGAGUCGGUGGCCAACCUCCAGCCCCAGGCGUCCCUCAACUCGCUGCAGUCCUCCAGCUCCCCGGGUCCCAAACGCUCCAGCAACACACUGAGAAAAUGGCUGACCAGUCCAGUCCGCCGGCUCAGCCACGGCAGCUCGGUCAAGAAGCUACCCAGCAACAAACACAAGAAGACAGGACCAGGAGCAGGACGAGAGGAAAACAGGAAGAGCAUUGAUCUGGGUCAACCGGAGCUGGCUCUGCAGGACGACGUUAUCGAUGAGAGAGUCCCGAGAAAAGACGGAAACAUCCUGUCCAAGACAGGGACGCAGAGCGGUGGUGAGGAGGAGCAGGAUGAGGAGGCGCAUACUCCUCUACCUCCGCCCAUGGAGAUCAUCAAAGACCCCUCGGCUCAGGACGACAAGUCUUCGUCCUUGCUAACGUCUCUGCAGUCGUCCUCCGAGGUGCCCAGCGCUGCAGAGCUCGUUAGCGCCAUCGAAAAACUGGUUAAGACCAAGAUGACUCUGGAACCAGGAGCGUACCCGGGAUUCAUGUCUCCGCCAGAACAAACCACUCCUGUCCAGCCACGAAACCCUGAACUGGAGCAGAGAGCUAAAGCCAUGAGAGGACGGAUGUUUGUUCUCAACGAGCUGAUCCAGACCGAGAAGGACUACGUCAAAGACCUGGGCAUCGUGGUGGAGGGCUUCAUGAAGCGCAUCAAGGAGAAAGGCGUCCCAGACGACAUGAAAGGAAAAGACAAGAUCGUGUUCGGGAACAUCCACCAGAUCUAUGACUGGCACCGAGAUUUCUUUGUGUUAGAGCUGGAGAAAUGUCUGGAAGACAAUGAACAUCUCCCUGAACUCUUCAUCAAACACGAGAGGAGGCUCCACAUGUACGUGGUUUACUGUCAGAAUAAACCCAAGUCAGAGUUCAUCGUGGCCGAGUACGACUCGUUCUUUGAUGGCGUCCAGCAGGACAUCCAGUCCAGACUGAGCAUCAGCGACUUCCUCAUCAAACCCAUCCAGAGAAUCACCAAGUACCAGCUGCUCCUCAAGGACUUCUUGAAGUACAGCUUGAAGGCAGGAAUAGACUGUGAACAAAUUGAGAAAGCUGUAGACCUGAUGUCUCAGGUCCCCAAACUGUGCAACGACAUGAUGAACCUGGGCCGCCUGCAGGGCUACGAGGGGAAGCUGACCAGUCAGGGCAAGCUGCUGCAGCAGGAGACGUUCUUCGUCACGGAGCAGGACGCCGGCGUCCUGUCGCGCUCCAAAGAGAGACGAGUCUUCCUCUUCGAGCAGAUCGUCAUCUUCAGCGAGCUGCUGAGGAAAGGCUCGUCCACCCCGGGAUACCAGUUCAAGAAGAGCAUCAAGGUGUCCUACCUGGGUGUGGAGGACAGCGCUGAUAACGACCCCUGUAAGUUCGUCCUGUCGUGUCGAGGUUCGUCGGAGCGCUUCACGCUGCAGGCCGCCAACGUAGACAUCAAGCAGGUCUGGGUCCGACACAUCCAGGACGUCCUGGACGCACAGAGCAACUUCCUGUCUGCUCUGCAGUCUCCCAUUGAGUACCAGAAGGAGAAGAGCUCCUCCCUGACCAGGAACCGUUCGUCCUCCGGGACCCGCCCCGCCUCCGCCUCCAACCCCGCCCCCUCCUCCUCCUCCUCCUCCUCCAGCCGACCGUCCUCGGCCGUCGGCCUGGGCGACAAGGAGCUGGAGAGGGGGAGGAGCCAGAUGAAGAUGUCCACGUCCAACGGGGGCUCGUCGUGCUUGGACUCCAGGGACUCUGAUGGCUGUAAUGGCGUCUCCUCCACCAUGUUGGUGACUCAGGACUACACGGCUCUGAAGGAGAAUGAGAUCUCAGUGGGUCGGGGGGAGGCGGUCCAGAUCCUGGCGACCAAUCAGCAGAACAUGUACCUGGUUUACCGGCCGGCCGACAGCCAAUCACCAGCGGCCGAGGGCUGGGUCCCGGGACACGUCCUGGCCCCUCCCACCCGACUCAUUAAAGACUCUAGCUCUACUUCCUGCUUCCCGGCCGCGGCGGCAGCGUCCGAUGCCAACAAUAUCAAGAAGUCGCUGUCGUGGAACACGCUACGCGCCAGGAAGCGCGUCGAGGCCAAGGAGGCGUCCUCUGUGGGGGUCAGAGGUCAAGAGAACGGCCUCCUCCUCCUCCUCCGUAAGCCCAAAGAACCCGCCCCCCCUCCCCCCCUCGCCUCACCCGCCCCAGUUGCGAAGGGCAGUAAAGACGUCCACACUUCAGAUGAGUCAGACUGUGACGACGACCUCGACCCAAAGACGGGGAUGAUGGAGCUUCUGAACCCAAACUUCAUCCAGGAAGUGGCUCCUGAGUUCCUGGUCCCCCUCUCUGACGUGGUCUGUGCCUUCGGGGAGACUGUGGUCCUCUGCUGUAAAGUCUGCGGUCGACCCAAACCCUCAGUCACCCUGAAGGGUCCAGACCAGAACCCGGUGACCAGCAACAACCGCUUCACCAUCGACAUCAGGGAUACCGGUGACAUCCUGUUGAAGAUCUGUAACCUGUUGCCUCAGGAUACAGGUAUCUACACCUGUGUUGCCGUUAACGACCACGGCUCCGCCUCCUCCUCAGCCUCCAUCAAAGUUCAAGGUAUCCCAGCAGCCCCGGGGAGGCCGGUGGCUCAGGAGGCCGGAGGGACGGCGGUGGUGAUCCACUGGCCUCCUCCGGCCUCAUCGGCUCAUUGUGCCGUCAGCAGCUACACCGUGGAGUACAGACAGGAAGACUCGUUGCUAUGGCAGCAGCUGGCCAGCAGCAGAGAGGAGUGUGUUCAGGUCGACGCCCUCAUCCCCGGAGGUCACUAUCAGUUCAGAGUCCGAGCCUCCAACCGCUGGGGGGUCGGCCCCCCGUCUGAGCCCUCCAACAUGGUCACGCUGGCCAGCAGCAACUCUGGAUGUGACGGAUCAGGAAUCCAGUGGAAAGAAAACUUUGAGUCGAGCUUCACUGAGAUCUGUGAGAUCGGGAGAGGAAGAUUUUCAGUGGUGAGAAAAUGUCUCAACAAGUCCACAAAGAAAGAGGUGGCCGUGAAGUUUGUGAGGAAGAAGAUGCAGAAGAAGGAGCAGGUGGCUCAUGAGGCCGACCUCCUGCAGCAGGUCCAGAACCACCAGAUGGUGGCGCUGCUGGACACGUACGAGUCUCCAACGUCUCUGAUGCUCGUCCUGGAGCUGCUGGAGGACGGCCGGCUGCUCGACUACCUGGUUGCCCAUGACGACCUGAUGGAGGAGAAGGUGUCGUUCUUCAUCAGAGAGACUCUGGAGGCUCUGCAGCAUCUUCACACCUGUAGAGUAGCUCACCUGGACCUGAAGCCUGAGAACCUCCUGGUGGACCUCCACUCUCCGACCCCGAGCAUUAAGCUCAUUGACCUGGGAGACGCCGUCCAGCUGUCGUCCCACCGCCGCUACGUGCACCUCCUGCUGGGGAACCCGGAGUUCGCCGCCCCGGAGCUGAUCCGGGGGACGCCGGUGUCCGUGGCGACGGAUGUGUGGAGCGUGGGCGUGUUGGCCUAUGUGGCGCUCAGUGGCGUCUCUCCGUUCCUGGACGAGUCACCGGAGGAAACCUGCGUUAACAUCUGCCGCCUGGACUUCUGCUUCCCAGACGAGUACUUCCAGGGCGUGAGCCAGGCGGCCAGGGACUUCGUCACGUCGGUGCUGCAGGAGGACCCCAGGAAGAGGCCCAGCGCCACCUCCUGUCUGCAGCACCCGUGGGUGGGGCGCGGCGGCGUGCACGGCGGCGAGUACUCCAAGACGCCCCUGGACACCACCAGGCUCGCCACAUUCAUCGAGAGGAGGAGGCAGCUGCACGACGUCCGACCUGUCACCAACAUCAAGGGUCUGGUAGGAGGAGGAGGAGGAGGAGGAGGAGGAAACACGCUGUGAUGACAUGGACACAGAAUAACCCAAAGAAGAGGCUCAGCCAGGAGGGUGCUGGGAAACAUCUGGUCCAGAGGAACCUGAGGACCUGUACUCCUAAAGAUUCUUAGAGCAAAGAGCUCCUCCUAGAGGACGAAUACUAACAAGAUCAGAUCAGAAAAAAAAUCAUUUCAGCCUUUUUGUAAAAAACAAACAAACAAAAAAAUUCAGGACGUUUCCAAAGUAACUGAAUGCUGUUCAUGAACAUCCUGGAGCUCAUUCAUGGUCUUGGUCCCUUUUUAAAGACGAGACUCUGAAGUUUCUAGAAUCUCUCUAAGUGGUAUUAAAAAUAUGAAGUUGUUGGGUUCACCUGAAUUUUCUUGUUAGUUGAAUCCUAGAAUGACUUUUAUCAGUGAAACCAGAAGAAAAUGACACAUUACAUCAUGCAGCAUUAACUCUCUGAUUGGUUCAUGAAGCUGCUGCUGCUCCAUGAACCACCCAGAGGAACGACAGAGCGUUAAUAUAAGUUCAGACCACAUCUGUUUCUCUGUGGACUCUCAUCUCAAGUUACUGUUGAGGCUUCAGGCGAGAAGCCAAAGCUAAAACAACCUCUGGGUGAUGACGACAUGUUGUUUAUUCAUAAGCUAAAGCUGUGGCUGAUCUCACUCUGAGUCCUGGAUCCUAAAGAGUCUUAGAGCAAAGAGUUGAUCCUAAUGGACAAACUCUAAGAAAACUCUUAGAACCCUGAUGUUCCCUACAGGUUGUUCCUAGAUGGAGGUAAAGAGGAAAGGUUCCUAAAGAAGGUUCUGCAGUGAGAUGUGCUGAGAGCAGGGAGGAGAACUUUGAGAGGCUUAGAGAGGAGAACAUGGUGGAAAGAAGAGGAGGAGAGAUAUUCUCCUGGAGCAGGAAUCAUUUUACCUGGUUAAUACCACAUGGAUGAAGAGCAACAAUGGUUUUAAAGUAGAUCUGCUAUUUAUUUCUCUUCAGUCUCAUAGAUCAGAUUCUAGGAUUCAGUCUGUGGAUGUGACUCCGUUCUAUGGACAUUGGCACCAGAAGACUCCUAUAGGAGAAUCUUUAGGAAGACUGGCCCAGGUUCUGAAGGAGGAGUCUGGUCGCCUCCUCUGAUGGGAGCAGGGAGGAGUUGAAGAAGAACGAAAAUCCUGAUGAACUUGUUGAAUGUUUAUUUAUUUCUCAUCUGAGGAGGAUCGUUUACAGACCAAUAAGAACCGUCCUCUUUCUACUCAUGAAUGUACUUCCUGUAGAAUGUGCUCCUCUCCGUUAGCAUUUAGCAUUUAGCAUCCUGCAGCAGCGACGAAGGAGGAGGAGGAGGAGAUGGAGGAGGAGGAAGAGCAGCUUCCACCUUAGAUGUGUCUCUGUGGCCGAGAUGUUCAGAAACAUCCUCCACCCGGCUUUAUCUUUUCUCCUCCCCCUGCUCCUCCUCCUCCUCCUCCUCCUCCUCCUGCUCCUCCUUCUCUCUAGUUUAAGCCGGAGCCUCUGGGUCAGGUUGAGUCUGUGUUGCGUUCGGGUGCAGUCAGGUAAAUUUUUCAUUUAUGAAUCAGCCUUAAAAAGAAAGCUUUUAUUUGUGCAGAGGUUUUCAUCUGGACUGUGAAUGAAGCCGUAGACAUGUUCAGUGUUAGUUCAUUCUGCUCCAGCUUUGACCCCGACUCUGAACAACCAGAACCAGAACUCCUCUUCCUCCCCCUCCUCCUCCUCCUCCUCCUCCUCCUCCUCCCCCCUCCUCCUCCUCCUCCCCCUCCUCCUCCUCCUCCUCCUCCUCAUCCUCCUCCUCAUCCUCCUCCUGGGGCCAUGUAGCUCCGUGGUGGCUCCAUCUCGGUGAAUGCUCUGGUUUGUUACUCUCUUUACCAAUAAACGAAGCUUGUUUCUA